CUGCUUAUAAACUGAUUUCGUUUAAAUAUGAGAAUAUUCAGAAUGUAUGUUCGAUCUUCUUAGUGAUUUGAUGGUAGAUCUCAAAUACAAUGUUGGCUACUGAAGGAUUGAAACUGUACAUGGCAAUGAAAUGAUUGUAACGUGGAAUGGUGGAGUAGAAUUAUUGUUAUUAUUAUUAUUAUCCCAUGUGUUUUAGUUGUGUUUUAUUGACUGUGUUACAUGGAGAAAGAAAGCUGUAAUAGAAAAGACGAUGUAUCUUGUGAUGUUUAGACAAAUGAAAGUUCAUCUGAGCUCAUUCAAUUGAUUGUAUUGUAAAAAUCCUGAUCACUGAAUUAUUUGUCAGGACGUUAUCAAAGAAAAAUCGGCCUGGUCGUGGAGAUAGUCAAAACGGCAGUCGAUAGUGCUUGUCGCCUGAUCGUCCAAGUCACUUGUAACAAAAAUAUCGAAAUGAUAACUGGCUUACUGAUAAACAUCAUCAAAGAUGCUUAGAGCGCCAAAUGGAGUCUUCUGAGCAACGGUUCAACUGACCCCCAUGCUCUAUCAAAAACUCAGUAAAUGUGACCUGACUUGAAUCAACUUCACGAUGUUAUAGAAUGGACUGUGACUGGUAAGACGCCACAAGAUACUCGGUUCAGAAGACUUAUUUAUAGCUGUUUUUGGUUGGACAGGUGAUAUUUUAAAUGUAAAGCGAAAUAACCAGAGGAUUAGCUGAUGGUGAUAUUUCUUGUGUCACAGAUUUGGUAUUUCUAUAAAAGCUCCGAAGUAAAAUACUUUGGUGAAAUCAGCUGUGCUCUAUACUUGUGAGAUUUUCCCUUUGCAAGAUAUUUGUCGAUCUCUAUGUGAUCGUCGUUUUUCGAAAAGUUGUUAACUUUAGACAAUAGAAUAGUAUGAGAUAAAUAAUAGUCAUGUCCGGUACCACAUAUUUGUUUGUAUUAGAGAGAUGAUCACUCACUAGUUAAUGGGAUCUAAGAGCACAAACAUGUUUUACAACUUGGAUUCGCUAAGAUUUUAUUGCAAGGUCCAUUUGCCAUAAAUUCACUUGGUAUUCUUUUUGCUUGUAUCUUCCCAUCGAGGUUUAAGACUGUAAUUGAUCUGUCUGUUACUGGCAUAUGUGCAUACUGUGUGUAUGCCUUGGUAUUGCCUUGAUUCACAAGCUUUUAUAAUCAAAGAUAGAUAUUGGCUAGUAGUAUGCACCUAUGCCAAUAAAAGACUGAUCAAUUGCAGUCUUAAACAUCAGUUGGAAAAGCUAUGUCGUUUAAAGCGAAGGGUAUUGGGUUCGAGUCCUGGAGUGAACAUCAAUUCGGAGUUGCAGGUACGUCUAGCUGAUGUGUCCCAACUAGGACGAGACAUACGUCCUAGAUUCCGCUGCUAGCCAUCAUCCAUCUUUGCUUAUCUAUUUGCCAUAAUUUGUGUCUUUCAUUUUUUUCCCAUUUACUCAACUCAAUAAGUUAAGUUGCUCAAGUGACGAUUGUUUUCGCUCAAAUAAACAUGAUAAACCGUGUAGUAGUAUUAUUAGUCGUUAACUAAAACGAUGUAACAUGAAGGAAAUAAAAUGGGGACAUCGUAGUAGAGAUAGAUACAUCGUAGUGUCGGUUGCUAUGUCAAGCCCAUAUAGCUUAUUCUAGUUUCCGGAUAAGCCAAUUUAUUUAUUCAUAUUGAGUAGUUACAUGUUGACCUUGUCAAUUAUUCUGUUAUAAUCCUUGACUGUUUUUAUGUAAGCAUAUGUAUGUAUGUGCCUGAUGUUUCUUAUCUUACCCAUCACAGAUAUGUCUGUGAUUUAGUUUUGUCUGACUGUAAAUAUCGAUUGACAAUCGGUUAAAUCGAGUUGGCUCAGUCACCUUGCCCAUUGUGCAUGGUUUUCAUUUACUUGGCUUUCCGAUGUGUGAUUGCACAAAGUAUUCAUACUGAAAUAUUCAUUCUCCUCGUAGUUGACUUAUUUAAUUCCGUUACUUACUAAGGUGGAUUAAUUAAUUAAGUCGAUAAUUAUCAUAGGAGAAUAGCUAGGGUGGAUAUUUCGACAGCAAUCAUUCGAAAGCAGCAUUCGUCUGACCCGAGUAGAGUCAGAUCUAGGGUCACUUAAACCUCACAACUAUUUAGUAUUUAUUGUACAGUGAAAUGCGUUUCAAAACAAUCUAAUAUCUGAUACUGUUUAUGUUAGACGGAACAGGAUAAACGGGAUAGUGUGUCACGCUAAACAUAAACGUUUACGUGGUCGAUUUUCUGUUUGCAAUGGUUUUUAAGGGUAAUAAUUUUUGAUGUGAUAGGGUGAAAAGAGGAAAAUCCUAUCCGUGUGAAAAUUGACCAGUAUGAUAUUGAUUAUUUAUUUGAACAGUUGAAUUUACGACUAGGUGAUGUGAGCUAGAUCAAAGGUGCUGGGUUGCAGUUCGUAGUCCGGAUGAAGGAUGCGCGCUGCUGAGGAAUCAGUCACUUAAUAAGACGAAACGGCCGUCCAGUGCUUCAAUGGUGGUUUUCUAUGUUGAUGGUCUAGCUUAGCUUAAAUCCUGAAUUCAACUGUUAAAAUAAUACAAUUUCUACAGGUCGUCUUACUGAUGAUAAUGAUAUAUUGAUAUUAAUUAAAUACUACUGCAAGUGUGAUUGUCAACUUGACUGACUACAUUGUGUAUGCAUGCAUAUAAGAUUUUGAUUUAUAUUGAGGGUCAAGUAAAUCCUUAUCACCCACCAGUCGUCGUAUUUGCGGUUUUCAGUAGCAAGUGCAAGUUAGUUAAGGAUAGCCGCAGACAAAACAGUGACAGAUGUAAUAAUUUCCAUCUUGAAUUCUUUUAAUUACUAACUAAUCAAUCUUAUCAUACUGUAAUGUAAUGAGUAUUGUAACUUUGGAAAAUUUCUCAGUAGGUUUUCACUGUCGGUGGUGUUGGUUGCAGUAAUGUGUGUGUACAGGAAAUGACGAACUUGAUGACAGAAGGGUAAUAUGCGAAAUGAUUGGCAAUUGAUGGGAGUUUAUUGCAUUGAUUGAUAAUGGUGGUACGAUGGCACGUAAUGGUGGAUGCCCUGGUGUUUGAUGCCGAUUUAACUUGAUCCGUGGAAGACUGUCGUCAUCUCUCAACGCUAUUGCACAGAUGUUGAUGCAGAUUGACGUGAUGAAUGAUAACAUGUGUAUAUGUAUAUAUUUUAAAAUAUAUUGUUAUUCUGAUGACUCGAUAUUUUUCGAUUUGAAGUGUGCUUAAUUGUAUAUCCUGUCUCUAGAUAGGUAGGUAGGUGAUUAGGUUUGGUAGUAGGGAGAUAGAUAGGCAGAAAGAUCAUUAUUCUUUGUCUGUAGAGUCAAAUUCAUCUCUCUACUCAUUCGCUUUCAUUGUAGUUGGUUCAGGAUUAUUGAUUGUAUUUCGGUUUAUGCAGUAAGUAGUAAGCUGCAAGUCACUUUAGUGACAAACUGUUUCAUAUCUAGUGUAAUAAAAGUAAGCCUAUGAAUAGAACAAUAGUAGUUGGAGUUAUUAAGGAAGAUGAAUUAGUUUAGGCAAAAUAAAAGCUUAGCAAAUGAAUGGGUUUAGUUUAUCACCUUAUAGAAUUACUGUCGACCUAGUUAUAGUUAUUUACUGAUGAAUUGUAUUAUAGGUAUUAGGUUAUCCACAUCAUAUCUAUAUGCGAAUGUUUUCUUCUAUCCUUACAUUUUUGUUAUUGUUUUUAAAGAUCCCCAUACUCGUACCAUGUUGUUUUAUUUAUAUCUUUUAGAAGAGAUGGGUAUCCGAGGGUUGUGGACGUAUAUACGAAGUAGCGGUGGAAACUUAUCCGUGUACGAAUUGCAUAACCAACCUUUAGUUAUUGAUGCUGAGAACUUUGCUGCUGUAUGUUAUCGUGAAGCUGCUUUGCGAUGUGAAUUUGGUGGAGAGUAUUUGGCAUUUAAGAGUUAUGUGCAGUCAUUGUUAAAAGAGUUUAGUAUCUGUGGUGUGGAGCCAAUUUUCGUUUUCGGUGGAUGUCAUCCGAAAGAGGGAACAAAAUUGGAUACUUUGAUGAAGCGGAACAAGGAGUACUUUAAACAACUCUCAUCGGCUCUUCUGAUCGCUAAGUCAACUUACAGCACAGAGUUGAAAAUCGAUAUAGCUCCACGACUUAACAGAAAUGUUCUCGUUGAAAUUCUGCGUGAAUCUUCAAUUCGAUACAUAGCAUGUGAACGUGAAGCUGAUAUUAGUACAGCAGAACUUGCUGUUUAUCUUCAAUGUCCUGUUACCAGUAAUGAUUCUGAUUUUUUUAUUUAUCGACCAAAUGAUAAUAAUCAAGUGUAUAAUUUUAUUCCAUUUUCAACCAUUUCACGUUAUUCUAUGAAGAGAUCCGUCCCUUGUUCUAUUUGUAAACGGAAUGGUGUUCCGUGUUAUUUCAUAUCGUGUUCAAUUCUUAAUAAUUCAGGACCAUUUUCUAAACUCAAGUAUCCUAUGUUACCACUUUUUGCCAUUCUCAUUGGUAAUGACAUGAUAUCAAAUAUUCGCCUUCCAACUAUCAUCGAUUCACUAAUCCGUACUUCUAACCUACGUAGCAGUUCCUACUAUCAAAUACGUAUCGAUGCUAUAUUUAACUGGCUGUUAAGUUUCCGUGACAUGGAAGAACCAUUGUCAUUGGUGUUGUCACUUUACAGCAAAAACGAGAGGGAUGGUAUUGAAAAGACAAUCCGUUUGGGGAUUUCGGAUUAUGUUCUAAACAGUUCAGGCGAAAACCUGGCUCGUGAAUUAGGCUUUUCGACUAAACACAAUAUCUCAUUAAGUGUUUCAUUGUCAAGCAAGAUGGGAAAUCUGAACAUUCAGGAUCCCACAACUUGUCGAGGUUCUUACUGUGAAGAUGUUUGCAAAUUUUCUAAACCUGUAUUGGAGAGAAAUGAUAAUGAUGAAGACAGUAUAUUUCACCGUUGGCCGAAAGAAUUGGUUAGGCGAUUUAUAUUUCUGGACUUAACUCCAUCCCUAUUUGACCACAUGUAUGUACGAAAUGGUGCUUUUUCUCGUCUAGUAAUGGAGGACAUAAAGAUUCCUAAUUCGCUUGAUGAAUGUAUGUCGAAGAUGAGAAGUGCUAUAAAUGGACUUAUAUAUGGACUUGAAAACCACUUGGGCACCAAUGGAAAGUUAUGUGGGAUGGAGAAUGAGUGUGUCACUGAGUAUAGAAGAAACGUGGAUGGUGAUUUGACGAAGAUUUUAAUUUCGGUGAAGCCUCUGAAACCCCCUAGUGCUGAAACGCCUGAAUUGUCGUUCUUAUCUUUUUUCGCGAAAAUUUUCAAUGUGAAUUUGGAGAAAGAUUUUAAGCCUCUUGAAAUACAAGGUUUGGCUAUUUUAUUAGUUCUAUGGUUCAGAUGUUCGUCUCAUGCUCAAAAUGAAGCUAAAAACAUUAAGACAUCGCCGGUUGCACUUGCGCUAUCAUGUUGUACAAUCGCAAUGAAUUCAAAUCGUGAGUUUCUUGGUAGAAAUCCUGAUGGUGAUGGAGGUUUUGUUAACUCUAUUCACACACAUCUCGAUAAGUGUGCUGAUGUGGCCAAAUCAACUUGUUGUCAAGAGGUAAAUAAACGUUGCUUUUGUAUUGAGCAAGUUCACCAACUUAAUGAAUUGCAAAGUAUGGCCACUGGAUUAAAGCAUUUAGUUGCAAUGAUUGAGGUGCUUUGUCCGUUUUAUAUGUCAAAUAGUAAUAAGUUUGAUGGUUGUUCACAUUUCAGAAAUCCUUUCAUAAGCUUUUAUCCAUUUUGGAUGUUAUUUGCCAGUGGACGUCUUUUAUAUUGGAUUAGUCGACUUCUACAAAAUAUUGAUCCAUCUGAACGUUUCCAUAAAGUCAUGAGUGAGUGGCUUCCAAAAUUGCUUAUAAGAACCAAUUCUGUACGUGAACAAGAAGAUUGCGCCUCAAAAGAUCUUACCAAACUUUUCAACCUAAUUGAUAAGUUGAACUGUUAAGAUUCACUCACGGUUAGGUUUCUAUUAUCGACGUUUUGUUAUUUGUUUUAUUAUUUCUGAUAGACUGUCACUUUUUAUUUAUAAAAACAUACACACGCCACACUUGGAUGGUUUGUUGUCGUAACUAAUUCUUAUGCCAUACUUGCACACCUAUUUUCCUAAUAACUAGAAUCAUUCAAUUAUUUUAAUAUACAUUUCAUCAAUUCA